AUAAGAACUAUAAGAUCUACUGUACACAAAUAUUCCAAAUGAGUUUGUUCAAUUCAUCAUUACUUUUAGCUUCUCUCCUAUUUAGUUUUAGAAUUUUGUUUAAUUUCAUUAUUAUUUAAAUAUCAAGCAGAAGAUGAACAUUCGUUAGAACCCUGGACUAUAUGAGCAUUUUUCUCCAUCUGCAUCUGUGUGUAAAACCUCCUAAAGCUAGUAGAGCUAGCGCACAGCGCACCGUCCGGUACAGAAGUGUAGCGAAGACAUUUCAGAAACUCUGUAAAUAAAUCCAGAGAGUGAGAAUAAAACCAUGCGUGUUUUUCAAGGCAUCACUUCCUGUUCCUGUUGUGCUACAGAAAGCGCUUCAUUGCGUGCUCAGUAAGUAAACUUCAUGGCAUUUGGGAUUGUAGAGUCUUCCAGCUCAGCAGGUCUCAUCAGGACUCGUCUCACCUGUUCUGUCAGUACGAGACGUCCCUCUGGGUCAGGUCUCGGGAGAAUUCCUGCGUUUCGUCAUUAGCGCUAUAAGAGUCAAGGUCAGCCCUCUCUAACUGUUCCGACCUCAGGAUCACUCUCAGCACACUUUCAGACGUACCUGUGAUUCUCAGGUAACGUUGCAUCAUCGUCAUUUGCAUAACCUUACAGCAGAAUCCCAUAAUGCCUCAUGAUUUAGUGAAGGAAGAGGAUUUGAUGGAUGCAGCAGGACCUCACUCCAACGCCGCAAGAUUUUUGGGGCAGAAUUAUGAAGAGCUCCACAGAGAUUUUGUUCAACAUAAAGCAAGAUUCCUUGAUGAUAAAUUUCUGCCAAAUGAGAGCUCCAUCGGUGAAGGCCUGCUGUCUGACUCGGACAUGGCAAGAGUGGAGUGGAAAAGACCAACGAAAAUGGUGUCUGAUCCUCAUCUUGUUGUAGGUGACGAGUCGAGGUUUGACCUUGCCCAGGGAGAGCUUGGAAACUGCUGGUUUCUGGCUGCGAUCGGCGCGAUUACGUUUCAGCCAAGCAUUAUGGAUCAGAUCAUCCCUGCAGGCCAGUCGUUCAGAAGGGAUUACGCUGGAAUAUUUCAUUUUAGGAUCUGGAGGUUUGGGAAGUGGGUGGAUGUUGUGAUAGAUGAUAAAUUACCCACAAUCGAUGGACAACUGAUCUUCGUUCACUGCAAAACUCGCAAUGAGUUCUGGCCUGCGCUGCUGGAGAAAGCCUACGCCAAAGUGUGUGGCUCCUAUGCAGAUCUUCAUGGUGGUUUGAUAUCUGAGGCUCUGCGUGAUUUCACUGGAGGAGUGUAUAUAACACUCACACUGAAGGCGGAUCAUCCGGAGCACUGGGAUAUCAUGCGACGAGCAGAAAAAAACCACUCAUGUAUGGGCUGUGGAUCACACCCAGGGGCCACUUCUGCUAAUACAGAGCUUCCCAACGGUAUAGUGGAGGGUCACGCCUACACCGUUACUGGAGUUACCAAGGUGAUGAGUGAAGGAGAACCAGUUAAACUGGUGCGUCUCCUGAAUCCGUGGGGACAUAAAGAGUGGAACGGCGACUGGAGCGACAGGUCACCGCUGUGGGGAUCUGUUAACCCCGAGGAAUGCACAAAGCUCUUACAGAAUAAAGAUGAUGGAGAGUUCUGGAUGUCAAUGCAGGAUUUCUGCAGAAGCUUUGCUAGCGUGGAUAUCUGCUGUCAGAGUCCAGUGUUCCUCGAUGGAUCUUCAGAAACAAGCUGGAUGACGGUAACAUAUGAAGGCCGGUGGGACGAGAAGACAGCCGGGGGAUCCAUGGAGAACAAAAAGAGUUUCUGGAUGAACCCUCAGUAUCAGGUGAAGAUUCCUGCGAUAGAGACGGACGGCGCUGAUUCUCAGGGGUUAAACCUGCUGGUGUCUCUCAUGCAGAAACCCACCAGCAGACACAGAUGCCUCGUCAAAAACCAUCCCAUUGGGUUCAGCGUGUUUGCGGUUCCUCCAGAGCUAAAGGACCAGAAAGAGUUUCCUGCUCCCUUUUUCUCCUCCAGCGCUCCAGUGGUCCAGUCCAAGAUCCGAUCCAACACCAGAGAGGUUAUGGCGUUCUGGAGACUGAAACCCGGCCACUAUCUCGUCGUACCGUUCACUCAAAAACCCAACGAGAUUGGCUCCUUCGUCCUCACGCUGCACUCAAAGCGUAAACCCCACUGAUGAUGUGACGCUGAAAACAGACGUGCAUUUAUCAAAAGCAGGGAAAAAAACAACCAGGACAAAACUUCACUUCUCUGGCUAUAUUUUUGUGUUUUUUUUUUUUUUUUUUUGCUAAUUUGGUUGCAUGUAAAUCAUUUCUUUCCUCUUUGUGCUCAGGUGAUAUCUUGUUCAGAAAAGAAGGAUUUAAAAAUGUGCUUUUUAAUAACAGUUAUAAUAACAGUUGUGAUGCGCUUCUCUCUCUCUCGGCACAGCCAGUGAAAACACUGUGUUAGUUCACACUACAGUAACACACCAGAUAACAGAUGCUGUAAACUCUUUUCAUUCAGAUUGUUAUUUCUACCAUUUAAACAUCAAGUUCGAAUCUGCAGAUAAAAUCUAAACGCUUAUGAUUGAGAGGAUCUGACCUAACAGGCCACAUGAAAACAUGAAACAUGAAAUUGUGUACUGUAGCAUAAAGAUGUAAAUUAUAAAAUUUAAAUAAAUUUUAUUUUCACAUCA